GCCAUGAAUGAGCCACAGUGCUUCUACAAUGAGUCCAUCGCCUUCUUUUAUAACCGGAGUGGAAAGUAUCUUGCCACAGAAUGGAAUACAGUCAGCAAACUAGUGAUGGGACUUGGGAUUACGGUCUGUAUCUUCAUCAUGUUGGCCAACCUGCUGGUCAUGGUAGCAAUCUAUGUCAACCGCCGCUUCCAUUUUCCUAUUUAUUACCUAAUGGCUAAUCUGGCUGCUGCAGACUUCUUUGCUGGGUUGGCCUACUUCUACUUAAUGUUCAACACAGGACCCAAUACCCGGAGACUGACUGUUAGCACGUGGCUCCUCCGCCAAGGCCUCAUUGACACUAGCCUGACAGCAUCUGUGGCCAACUUACUGGCUAUCGCCAUCGAGAGGCACAUCACAGUUUUUCGCAUGCAGCUCCACACACGGAUGAGCAACCGGCGAGUGGUUGUAGUAAUUGUGGUGAUCUGGACUAUGGCCAUUGUUAUGGGUGCUAUACCUAGUGUGGGCUGGAACUGUAUCUGUGAUAUUGAGAAUUGCUCCAACAUGGCACCCCUAUACAGUGACUCUUACUUGGUCUUCUGGGCCAUUUUCAACUUGGUGACCUUUGUGGUAAUGGUGGUUCUCUAUGCUCACAUCUUCGGCUAUGUUCGUCAGAGGACUAUGAGGAUGUCCCGACAUAGUUCUGGACCCCGGAGAAAUCGGGACACCAUGAUGAGUCUGCUGAAGACGGUGGUCAUUGUACUUGGAGCCUUUAUCAUCUGCUGGACCCCCGGAUUGGUCUUGCUACUGCUCGACGUGUGCUGCCCCCAGUGUGAUGUUCUGGCCUAUGAGAAAUUUUUUCUUCUCCUUGCUGAGUUCAACUCUGCUAUGAACCCCAUCAUCUACUCCUACCGCGACAAAGAGAUGAGCGCCACCUUCAGACAGAUCCUCUGUUGCCAGCGCAGCGAGAACAGCAGCGGCCCAGCGGAAGGCUCAGACCGCUCGGCCUCCUCCCUCAACCAUACCAUCCUGGCCGGGGUCCACAGCGACGACCACUCUGUGGUUUAGGAAGCGGACUGAGGUGGAAAGCCAGCCGUCCUUAAAGGAGGGAAAAACAGCUUCUCCCACUCCAGGCGAGGUGGGAGAGGAGAAGAGUGGAAGAAACUCAGUGAACUUAUAACACUAACCAAUGGCAGUAUUUGUCCCUAGUCCUCACAAGACUUGAUGUUUGAAAACUAGCUUCUGUGACAACCUUUGUCCCAGUGCCCAUUCCUUCUAAAAAUAGAAAGUGGAGUUGGUGCGAUGGAUUCAAGAGUAGAUUCUGGAGUUUCUAUCUAGACAUCAACUACACUUUAAAUGAUUUUGUGUGUUUUUGGUGCAAGUUGGAAGAAAUUCUGACAGAUUAAAUCCACAAAUUCAAAUUACAUACAAACUUCCUUUUUUAUUUUUUUGAGGAUACAUUUCACUUAAUAAACAUGUUUAUGCCUAUCAGCAUGUUUGUGAUGCUAUAGACGAUAGACUGUUGUUAAGCUACCAUAAUUUCAUUUUUUCCUUAUGUAGGAAAAUUGUAAGUUACAAUUAUGUUUUUUAGAAAGCAUACAUGUAAUGUGUAUAUAUACAGUAUGCUUUACUCAAAAAGAUAAUGGAAUACUGAUUUUUAAAUCUUCUAAGAAAUAGAAGAACCUAGAUGUCAAAGGCAGUGUUUGUAUAGGUUAUAAAACAAAUAAUGCUCUAAUUACAAUGUUACCUUUUAGUAAAGUGUUGUAACAAGUAUAAAAUAAGCAGGGGAUGUAAUUUGUUACCGAAAGAAUUUGUAUGCCUGAAAAUGUAGCAGAAGCUGGAGCAUAGUAAUAUUGUUCCCAUCUAUUUAAAAUACACAAAUACAUGCUAAUUAAAACACUUCUGGAGCUUAAUAGCCCAGAAAAUGACAGGACAUCAAAAGAAGUUAUUAGCAUAGUGUUUCUGAGUUACAAAAUGAUACUUGGCAAAAAACAUGAAUAUUACAAAUGCAUAAAAUUGCUUACCAAAUAAUAUCACAACCAAAUAGUAACCCCCUUUAACAUUUUCUCUGUCUGUGUGAAUAUCAUAUACAUUUUUGGUGUAAGUGGGAUCAUACCAUAAAUGGUUUUUAAACUAGUUUUAUUUUUUUUUUCACUGUAGAAUUGCCACAUUUUUCUCAUGGCACUAAAAUUUUUCUGAAAACAUAGUUUUAAGGGCUGCAUGAUAUUCCGUUUAAUGAAUGCAAUUUAUUUAACCAUUCCCAUUUAUUAUUGACUAUUUAGGUUAUUUCUAAUUUUUAAUACUCUUAAGCUCCAAAAAGUUUAUGUACAUAAAACUUUGUCCAUAUAAUUGAUUAUUUACGUAGGUCAUAUUCCCAUGAAGGAUUUUUUUUUUUAAUGUGAAAUGCCUUCUUAAGCUUUUACCUUUUAUCAAAAGGGAUUUCCUGCUUUUGAACUGCAUAGUUGGCAGUUGUCAGGAAAGCCAGUUAGUUACUUUACAUUUUAACAAAGGAAACACGGUGAUUGUUUUAGUUGAAAGAGACUCUUCAAUAAAAUAAGGUGAACUAGAAUUGGUCAACUGUCACAAUAACCAAUACACCCUCAUACAACUAGCAAUUCCAAAUUCAUUUAAGGGACUGUUCUCCAGCUCUAGGUUACCAUAAACGUACUCUAGAAUUGAAGGAGAUGAAGAGCAAUUGCGCAUGUCAAGUGACAAAAAGGAUUGGUAAAAUACAUGGCUUGGGUCUUUCUAAAGCAGGGUGGUUGAGUAGGUCUGUAUGUGCCUGGCUACCAUGUGUUCUGCAGGAGCACCCACAAGAGACUGUUGCAAUGACAGGUGAUCCUGUUCAGUGCCUUGUCCAGGUAGACCAGUGGUUGCAUUCACUUGUUGUAGCAAGCAUCCAGAAAGGGAAAGUCUUUGAAGCAGAUCUGGGGAGGGUGGGAGAGUGUCAAAGAGAAAGAAACUUGGAAGAAGGGCUGUUUAGGAUGGAGGAAGUCAGUGCAUGGUUGGCAGUUGAGAAGAGCAGAUGGUGGAGAGAAUGAGAAACUGGAGAGCAGAAAGCUAUUUGCUCAUGCUUCAUACAAAGCACAGAAUACUUGGUGUGCAAGUGAAAGAAAUGAACUUGGACUCUUACUGAUUUGCAUAGUUUCUGGAGGUGAUAUGAACUAUUUCAAAUUAAGAGCAUACCGAAUGGACCUUAAAUAAAUCAUUGUCAAUCAGUGUUUGAUAAUGUGUGGUUCUGGUUAAUUUAAAAAUUUUCUGACUUGCAUUGCGUGGCGUCUGUCCUCUGUCACCUCCUUUAUUUUCCUGCCCAAACAGCUACUGAACUCUGAUGUGUUACACAACUGUAUGCUUCCCCCAUCCCAGACCUGCUUGCUCCAGCCUAACAAGUCUCUGAUAUCUAAGGUUUGAUGAUUUAUGUUCCAUUAAAGGUGGCACAGUGU